CAGUUCUGUAGACCCACUCCCCUGCCUAUACCCUUCCAAGGUUUUAACUAUAAAGCUACCCACUUCUGCAAAAUCAAUCACUACAAGUUUUAAAGGAUUACAUGGAGAAUCAGUUGGGUCUUCUGAGAGUUCGUAUCAUCAGAGGCAUCAAUUUGGCCAUUAGAGACUUAAGAAGCAGUGAUCCAUAUGUUGUUGUUACCAUGGGCAAACAGAAAUUGAUGACUCGAGUGGUGAAGAAGAAUGCUAAUCCCGAAUGGAAUGAAGAUUUAACGCUAUGUAUUUCUGAACCUAUUCUCCCAAUCAAGCUGCAAGUUUAUGACAAGGAUACAUUUACUUGCGAUGAUAAAAUGGGCGAUGCAGAACUUGACGUUGUACCAUUUAUAGAUGCAAUAAGGAUGACGCGCUUUAAUAACAUCCCCAAUGGAGUCAUACUUUCCAGAAUAAUGCCUAGCCUGCAGAAUUGCUAUUCAGAAGAAAGCUGUAUUGUGUAUGAAAAUGGCAAGGUUGUCCAAAAUAUGUUUCUUAGAUUGAGGAAUGUUGAGUGUGGUGAAAUACAACUCCAGUUGCAAUGGAUAGACGUUCCUAGUUAAUUCUGUUCCAGCUUAUAUUGUGAGAAUAGCUAGAUUCUGUAUUUAUCUAUAUGAAUAUUAAAUGAACUUAUCCUUUUGUUGUUGUUUU